AUGGACCUUAUUGUCCGAAGAGUACUCCGAGAGAAUCAUGUCCACGUGUUGGCAAGCAAUAAGGAGAGAUUGUACUUGUCUCGCGGGCAGCUAGGACGUGGACUGAGUAACAUCGUACACUUAAGUGAGCGAAUUCUGACUAAGAUGCACGACACCUUGUGGAGUGGGUCGAGUGUAUCCCAAAGGAAGACUGCCAUCCUUGCUGCUGAAAAAGCGCGUGGUACACACCUAGGGACCAUAAAAGGCUAUGUGUCGGCUAAGUAUGGUCUAGGUGCUACCCAAGUUAAUGUGAAGGAGUUGAUCAAACUUCAAAAGGAGUCUUUAAUUAAAAAGAUCAACUUAAAAGUCCUUCACAAGACUCUCUUUAGCAGCCUGGACAACCCGCACAUUGACGUAUCGUCGUCAUCUACGUGGCUGAAAUAUGGGAAUAACUCUCCCCGAUCAGAAGGGUUGUUCUCAUAUUUGCAGGAUAGAAACUUUUUUAAUGGUCAACGGAAACAGUGUAACCACUGUAAGAGUAAGGCAAUGACCGUUGACCAUUUAGCCACGAAGUGCGGGAGUAUGCUUUACCAUGAUUACACAUGGAGGCAUAACGAGGUGGUGAGGUCCCUCCAUCUUUUGCUCUGCAAUAAGUAUGGCUUGAGGCGGUCCAGAAAGUUGCGAACCCAUCGAGUUCAAUCGGUGGUAGAACAAAUAAAAACUUCAUGCCAUCAAAAUUUCGCUAUACAAGUUGAUGAAUCCACCGAUGUAGCGAACUGUGCUCAAUUAAUAAUAUUUGCUCGUUAUGUCUAUGACGGAGAUUUUAAAGAGGAAUUUUUAUUUUCAUAUUCGCUUGAAUCGGCCACUAAAGAAGAAGAUAUUUUUUAA